AAGGAGCCAGCCUCCGAGGAGGCAAUGGGAUCCGGUGGCCAGCACGCGUUGCUGUACGCGCAGAUCACCGACGUGGGGCUGUAGGGCGGCGCACAGGCCAGCUGCCCGGCCAUUGGGAUGGCGCACAAACCAGCCAGCCGCCCUGGCAUCAUGU